CGCCCGCCCAGUGCGUGUCCCCAGACUAAGGCCCAGCCCCCUUCGCCUGUUUCUAUCACGAGCGCCGCCAGCAUGUCUGACAAACUGCCCUACAAAGUCGCUGACAUCGGACUGGCUGCCUGGGGACGCAAGGCCCUGGACAUUGCUGAGAACGAGAUGCCGGGGCUGAUGCGUAUGCGGGAGCAGUACUUGGCCUCCAAGCCACUGAAGGGCGCUGGUAUCGCCGGCUGCCUGCACAUGACGGUGGAGACGGCCGUCCUCAUUGAGACCCUCGUCGCCCUGGGUGCUGAGGUGCAGUGGUCCAGCUGCAACAUCUCCACCCAGGACCAUGCGGCAGCUGCCAUUGCCAAGGCUGGCAUUCCAGUAUAUGCCUGGAAGGGUGAAACGGACGAGGAGUACCUGUGGUGCAUUGAGCAGACGCUGUACUUCAAGGACGGGCCACUCAACAUGAUUCUGGAUGACGGGGGCGAGCUCACCAACCUCAUCUACACCAAGUACCCGCAGCUCCUGUCAGGCAUCCGAGGCAUCUCUGAGGAGACAACGACUGGGGUCCACAGCCUCUACAAGAUGAUGGCCAAUGGGAUCCUCAAGGUGCCUGCCAUCAAUGUCAAUGACUCCGUCACCAAGAGCAAGUUUGACAACCUCUAUGGCUGCCGGGAGUCCCUCAUAGAUGGCAUCAAGCGGGCCACAGAUGUGAUGAUUGUCGGCAAGGUAGCGGUGGUAGCAGGCUAUGGCGAUGUGGGCAAGGGCUGUGCCCAGGCCCUGCAGGGUUUCGGGUCCCGUGUCAUCAUCACUGAGAUUGACCCCAUCAACGCACUGCAGGCUGCCAUGGAAGGCUAUGAGGUGACCACCAUGGAUGAGGCCUGUCAGGAGGACAACAUCUUUGUCACCACCACAGGCUGUGUUGACAUCAUCCUUGGCCGGCACUUUGAGCAGAUGAAGGAUGAUGCCAUUGUGUGUAACACUGGACACUUUGAUGUGGAGAUCGAUAUCAAGUGGCUCAAUGAGAAUGCUGUGGAGAAGGUGAACAUCAAGCCGCAGGUGGAUUGGUACCGGCUGAAGAAUGGGCGCCGCAUCAUCCUGCUGGCUGAGGGUUGGCUGGUCAACCUGGGUUGUGCCAUGGGCCACCCCAGCUUCGAGAUGAGUAACUCCUUCACCAACCAGGUGAUGGCACAGAUCGAGCUGUGGACCCAUCCAGACAAGUACCCCGUUGGGGUUCACUUCCUGCCCAAGAAGCUGGAUGAGGCAGUGGCUGAAGCCCACCUGGGCAAGCUGAAUGUGAAGUUGACCAAGCUGACUGAGAAGCAAGCCCAGUACCUGGGCAUGUCCCGUGAUGGCCCCUUCAAGCCGGAUCUGCCCGUGCACAGGAGCACGUGCUGCCCUCCUGAUACACCAUGA